CGUCGUGACCCAGUAUAUGAACCUGCUUUCUCUUUAUCUCCUGCCUUGUUUGGACCCAUCUACGUCCUCAUAACCAUCAAGCUCACCGCACUACACCAUGAUCAUGUCAUUCGGAAAAAAUGUUCAAUACUUUCGUUAUCCCUUGGCUACGUGCGAGAUUUUCCUCUGGCCUGUUUGCCUUCUUAUACAGUGCAUAUUGAGGAAUGAUCAUAUUGAAUAUUUGGAAACAACCAAAAACAAACAAACAAACAAGAAGACAAUGGACACAAAAUACCAAUCAUCAUCUUAUUCCAUAUGCAUGCCUUAUUUUAUUGUUUGGGGAAUUUGUAGUUGGGUUGUACAUAGUAGGCCGCUGGCGGAAGUUACCGCGAGGUUGUGGCCAGUUGUGGCCAGUUGUGGCUAGUUGUGACCAGUUGCAUAACAGUUCCUAAUAGUUGCUGACUAAAAUAAAUAGUAAGCAUCCCUAUUAUACUGUAUAUAAUAGUUAUUACACUAUUUUGAAACUAUAUUUAAGAAAACAACAAGAAAG